GGACCACUCAUAGUUGACCGAAUGAGACCAUGCAAUAAUUCUUUUGUAUGACAGCACAGUAAUUUGCAACAGUGAGAAGCGGUGAAAUUGAAAGAGUCUGGAACACACUUUCUUCUGGAGUAAGGCAUGGAAGGGAUUAAUUUACAAAUAUGGCCCUCGCAUGAUUCCCUAACCCAAAAGUCUUGUACGGACGCGUUCUUCUCUGUUCCGAGUUCCAAUCGCUUGUGCAAUGGCGACGAGAAACCGAACUUUGGAGUUCAGGAAGCACAGAGACGCCGUGAAGAGCGUGCGCGCUCCUCUCUCCUCCUCAGCGUCUGCUUCCGCCGGUCCCGUCAUCGAAAUGGUUACAACUUCGCUUCUUCCUUCCAAUCAUCGUUCCUCCUAUGCUCCUCUUAGCACCCACGAUCCUGGCCCAGCCACAUCUAGGGAUGCAUUUACUGUGGGGUUGCCGCCAUCUUGGGUGGAUGAUUCUGAAGAAAUAGCUACUAAUAUACAACGUGCUCGUGUUAAAAUUUCUGAGUUAACCAAAGCUCAUGCAAAGGCUUUGAUGCCCUCCUUUGGGGAUGACAAAGAGGAUCAGCGUCAUAUUGAGACUCUCACCCUGGAAAUUACGUCCCUCCUCAGAAAGUCUGAAGUGAGGCUUAAAAGACUUUCUGCUGCUGCUGGAUCUUCUGAGGAUUCUAAUGUCAGAAAAAAUGUACAGCGUUCCCUUGCUACAGACCUUCAGAACCUAUCAAUGGAUCUCCGACGAAAGCAGUCAGCAUAUUUGAAACGCUUGCAGCAGCAAAAGGAGGGUUAUGACGGGGUUGACUUGGAGAUGAACUUUAAUGGAAGUAAAUUUGAAUCACACAAUGAUGAAUUCGGUGAUAUGGGUUUUAGUGAAGAGCAAAUGACAAAGCUAAAGAAAAGUGAGAAGUUCUCACAGGAAAGGGAAAGAGAGAUUGAACAGGUUGCUAAAUCAGUCCAUGAACUAGCUCAAAUCAUGAAGGAUCUCUCUGUCCUUGUGAUAGACCAGGGAACAAUUGUGGAUAGAAUUGACUACAACAUUCAGAGUGUUGCUACAUCCGUUGAUGAGGGCUUAAAGCAGUUGCAAAAGGCAGAGAGAACGCAGAAAAAAGGAGGGAUGGUUAUGUGUGCAACAUCGCUUGUUAUAAUGUGCUUUAUCAUGUUAGUUCUCUUGAUACUCAAGGAGAUCCUCUUCUAGUCAUAUCACUGACCACUUUACCCGCCAGCAUCAUGUUAAUUCCUCCGUUCAAUGGGAAUCAAAUUGCAUUCUGUUUAAAGACAAGUAUCAUUGGCACUAUGAUAAUGCACUUUAGGCAUGGGAAUUUGUUUUUGAAGAGCGUUGGAUUUACAUGAUUGGCUCCUUCUGAAGAGGCCAAUAGGGGAUGACACUGUACAGUACCGCUUCGUACAAACAUAAAUAUUAGUUUUAACAAUUCCUAUAAAGAGAAAUUUUCAGCAAGUUCAUCUCCAAUGGCCAAUCUUUUUAGGAAAAAGAAAGUAUUGCUAGAUGGACACAAUUUCUUGUUCAAGGAUAGAUCCUAUAUAAGAAAAAGUAGAAAGGCAACUUGUUGGAUACAUCCAAGAGUCAUCGAACAUGUUGAUAUAUUGUCGACUGUUUUUUUCCCCCCAUUUUAUAUGCUUCAUGCUUGUUUUCUACCCUUGUUUAUAUUCCGCUAGGAAAAAAAAAUCAAAAUUGUAUAGUGAUUCAGGCUUAUUUUCAGCUAGCGUUGGUGAGGUUUGUCAUUUAUCGGAGGAUCUUACUGCAAAAAGUGGGACAUUGAUUUUAUUCAUGGUGCAGUUUUUCUGUU